UAGAGCGCCUUCUUACUGCAAGCCUUUGAAACUCGACGAUUGAUUUGUUGGGUGCAAUACAUGAGUGCCCAUUUGCAACUUUUUUCUUCUCUUUCUUCCUUUUCCUUCGCUUCCGGUUUUGUGAAUGUCUGUCGUUUCGUUUUUCUCUUCUGUUUCCCUCCGUUGAAACAGAUAAAGAGAAAAGGAGGACAAAGGACAACAAUAAGGAAAAAAACGAAAAAGGAAGGGGGAUGAGGCGCACCCCAAGUGCUCUCAUGGCUCUGCUGUUCAACCCUAGCGCCCCAUUGCUCUGCGGAGGUUCCAGAACGUUCCAGAAAAACUGCUCGUCCAACUAUUCUUCUUCUUUGGUGAAGUGGGGAGAUGGUGCGGUCUCCAUGGUACAGGGCGCGUCUCGAGGCAUUGGCCUCGAAUUCGUUCGCCAACUGUUACUGAAGCAUGACAACGGCCAUGUUGUUGCUACCUGUCGCAAUCCUGAUCAAGCUGUUGGCCUCAGAGAAUUGAGGAGAAAGUUUGGAGAACGCCUUGACAUACUUCAGUUGGAUACUACUAUUGAGAACACCAUAGAGAAUGCAGCAAAAUCUGUAUCAGAGAAAUAUGGAUAUUUAAAUCUUCUGAUCAAUACCUCUGGAAUUCUUUCUGUCCCAGAUGUUUUAACUCCAGAGACCUCAUUGAGCAAAGUCCAGAAAUCUUCCCUUUUGCUGACAUAUGAAGUUAAUGCAGUUGGUCCUAUUCUUGUGGUCAAGCAUAUGUGGCCACUUUUGAAGUUGGGAGGAGGUAAUGGAAGUGAAAGAGAAGUUGCUGUUGUGGCAAACUUGAGUGCGAGGGUGGGCUCUAUUGGAGAUAAUGUCCUUGGUGGAUGGCACUCAUACAGAUCUUCAAAGACUGCUCUUAAUCAAUUAACAAAGACAAUAUCAGUGGAGUUCAGACGGAGGAAGGAUCCAAUCAUCUGUGUUCUGUUACACCCUGGAACUGUCGAUACCGACCUCUCGAAACCUUUUCAAAGAAAUGUACCUCCAGGGAAGCUUUUCACCAAGGAAUUUUCAGUGGAGAAGCUUCUAAGUAUAAUCAGUAAUGCAAAAUUAAGCGACAAUGGCAAGUUUUUUGCUUGGGAUGGUCAGGAAAUUCCUUGGUGAUUAGGUUUAUUCUUAGAUGUACAUAUUCAUCCAAAGCUGGCUGUAACUUUUAAUUGAAUUUUUGACGUUGUUUCUUGUAGACUAUUGGCAAUGUCGACCGUGUUCAGAUUCCAGAAUAUAUACAGAUCUACUUCUACUCAUUUUUCCUUUUA